AGACGCCAUCGAUUUAACUAUUUUGCAUGUUAUCUGUUAUUUUUCACCUAAUUACAGGAUUGUCUUUGUUUUUGUUUUUCCUACACUACAUAUACUAUAUUUGCUGUAAAAUAUUAUCGUACGCAAUGCAAUCUGAGGAUGCCAAGUUCUUGAAAAGAAAAGUCAAAUCUGGUGCAAUCGAUGUUCAUCCCACAGAAAGUGCUCUAAUUGUAAAUUAUGAAGUGGAAGCUACAUUACUCGGUGAAUUAGGUGACCCUGUAUUAGGCGAACGCAAGGGUUGUCAAAAAAUUAUUAGGCUAAAAAAUUUGAGUGCGAAGACAGAUUGCGCGGCUUUGGCGCAAGAAGUUAUAGAGAAAUGUAAUCUAAUACAUAUGACCAAGUUGAAGGAUGUUGAGCACUUGAUAUGUUAUCUCAAACAUCGCAAUAGUAAUUUUAAUGAUCGGUCUGUGAAGUCUCCACAGCAAAAUAGUGGUUCUAUGAGUCCAGGAGAAAAACCUGACGGAAUGACUGAAAAAGCUAUUAUUGGAAAUAUUGAAGAAUAUGUUGAACUAUUGUAUGAAGAUAUUCCAGAAAAAAUCAAAGGCUCAGCAUUACUUUUACAAUUGGCAAGGAAUCCUGACAAUCUAUUAGGCUUAUCUCAAAAUGAAACUGUAUUAUGUGCAUUAUCCAGAGUAUUACGUGAAGAUUGGAAACGAAGUAUAGAUUUAAGUACAAAUCUCGUAUAUACAUUUUUUUGUUUUUCGACUUAUACAAGGUUUCAUCCAAUCAUUUUGCAAUAUAAGAUUGGAUCACUAUGCAUGGAUGUUAUUGAUUAUGAAUUAAAACGAUAUGACCAAUGGAAAAAUGAUAUAGAAACAAGGAAAAGUUAUGUGAAGCCCGAUCCCCCAAAACGAAGAAUUCCAGAACUUAAGCAAAGGCCCAAGUCAGGAAACUGGACAGAUCAGAACUCUUUGAUUAGAUCUAAACUUAUGAACAGCUAUCAUGAAAACCUAUGCAGUGAUAUUGAUUUGCAAACAACAACAGAUAUUAAGAAAAUUAAAGAAGAUUUUGAUAAAAUGAAGCGUCAAUUCAAAUCGCUUACCAGAAAACAGGAACAGUUGUUACGAAUAGCCUUUUAUUUAUUAAUAAACAUUGCUGAAGAUGUUAAAGUUGAAGAAAAAAUGCGAAAAAAGAAUAUAGUUGGAUUAUUAGUAAAAACAUUGGAACGAAAUAAUUUUGAAUUGUUGAUCUUAAUUGUGACUUUCUUAAAGAAAUUGUCAAUAGUUGCUGAUAACAAGGAUGAUAUGAGUGAAUUGAAUAUUAUAGAAAAAUUGCCUAGGUUACUAUUAAGUUCAAAUCAGGAUUUAGUGCAUGUUUCAUUAAAGUUGUUAUAUAAUCUUUCUUUCGACUCCAAAUUGAGGUUAAAAAUGAUACGUGGGAUUUUACCAAAAUUGGUCAGCUUAUUAAGUGAUGAUAAACAUUACAAUAUUGUGAUCAAAAUUCUCUACCAUUUGAGUAUUGAUGAUAAGGUGAAAUCGAUGUUUACAUAUACUGACUGUGUUACUUUGGUUACUGAUAUGUUGUUACUUUGCAUGGAAAAAACUGUUGAUAUGGAUUUAAUAGCAUUAUGCAUUAAUCUUGCUGUGAAUAAAAGAAAUGCCCAACUAAUGGUUGAAAAUAACAGAUUACAAGACCUGAUGUCCAGGGCAGUAAGAUUCGAAGAUUCUUUAAUAAUAAAACUACUGAGGAAUAUUGCUAUGCACGAUACAACAAAACAUAAAUUUGUGAAAUUUAUAGAUGAUAUAACAGGAGUUCUAACAACUAGUGAGAAUGAAGAUUUUGUAGUGGAGUGUGUAGGUUUACUGGGAUGUCUUGCACUACCUGAAAUUGACUACACUAUAUUACUUCAAAAUUAUAAUUUGGUUCCUUGGAUACGGACCAAUUUAAUACCAGGCAAACGUGAGGAUGAUUUAUGUUUAGAAGUUGUAGUCUUACUUGGUACAGCUGCUUGUGAUGAAGCUUGUGCUAUGUUACUUUGUAAAGCUGAUAUUUUGCUAUCCCUAAUUGAGCUAUUAAAGGCAAAACAAGAAGAUGAUGAAAUUGUUCUACAGAUAAUAUUCGUAUUUUACCAAGUCCUGAGGCAUGAAAGUACAAGAGAGUAUCUGACAAAAGAAACUGAUGCUGCUGCUUAUCUAAUAGAUCUGAUGCACGAUAAAAACACAGAGAUUCAAAAAGUUUGUGAUUCCUGUUUAGAUAUCAUUGCUAUAUCUGAUGAAGGUUGGGCAUCCAGGAUUAAGUUGGAAAAAUUCCGUGAGCAUAAUAGUCAAUGGUUGAACAUGGUUGAAUCUCAUGCAGUAGAUAGCCAUGAUUUUGAUCCCAGUGAUGAAUUAGAUUUGCCUGCCUAUCUUACAACCGACUUUAUGAGUAACGAUAUUCCUCAUGGACCUGGUUCUGGCUCGGAUUCUCGGGCUUCUUUAAACAACGACGAUUGCGAUGCGUUCCGUGCAAUUUCUGCUUUAGACAACUAUAGUAGACCGGGCAGUCGGUCAGGUCUGCCGCCAAUCCAGAAUAAGAGGCACGCUGCAAUGUUGCCUGCCAGUUUUCGAAACCCACCGUGGACUUGCAGAUUGUCACUGUGUGAAAUUCAUGUGUAA